UUUGUUUUCUUUCCUUUUUUUUUUUUUUUUUUUCGCCUUCGGUCGGGGGUCAGUCGCCCGGUCGGUCGGUAUCUCGCGAAAGUGACUUGAGAAAUGAAGCCCCGGCAACGAGAUAGGCACAACACGCAAUGGUGGGGUUGACGCCAGAUGGGGAGAGGAGUAUAAGGCUUUAAAUCGGCAUGGAAUGUUUAUUCUAUGUCGGGGGGAACUUUUGCAGGAUUCGAUCGCUACUGAAUGACGUAAAGGACGUGGUCGACGCAACGUAACGCCCGGUCGCAAGCGGAUGUUGCCAAGUCGAUAGAGGCCAAGGUUGAGUUGCCCGUGGGGAACGAGCUGCGAGAGACGAGGAUGAGUGAGGAGGAAAAUCAACAAUGAAGUCGAAUCAGAGCAGUAUCCAACCCCCUAAGCAUGCAAGUAUGACCGGUGAUUAUUUUUGGCAGAGGCGUUUUGGCAGUUCGAUUGGCACGAAGUCAAUAGCCUUUUCACUAGUCCUGUGGCCGAUCUGCACUUUGUCUUUCCUUUCUUUCUCUCCUUAUUUUUUUCUGAUUCCCGACCGCCCUGGGGAUUUUACCGUAGCAUCGGUUAGCGUCGUCUGCCUGAGGCGACCCAGAUGCUGCCUCAUGUUGCAACACUAUAGACCGGCCCUUCUUCCUUGGUUCAGGAUCGAAAUGUACUCAUCAUCCACUUUCCGUGCACUCGCGCACAGGUAAUAAUCUGGCACUAGUAUACUCCCCACAAAGACGAGGGCAGGAUCAAGACUACUUCGCCCAGUACGACAUCGGCUUCUAUUUUCUUUGUUUGAACCAUGUCGCCUCUUUACUCCGGGCAUCCACAAUGUUAUCCUUAGCCCUUGUAUCACAUAUGGGUGCCUUCACUAUCCCACAGUAGCACCGAUAGCAGCAAAGGGCCCUCAAACUGAUCUGGCCACAGACUCGUAAAUAAGCAUGUUCACUUAGCCAAAAAAAAAAAAAAAAAAGAAACCCC